UUCACACGUAGCCGGCGUUUGACGUGUCUUAGCCUCCUAGCCUAGGCAUAGUGAUUUGGUAAUUUGUUGCGAGCUGCUUGAUUUGCAACGUGUCAAAUGGAAACAAAUGCUAAUAUGUUAAUGGAAAAUAUCUAUUAAAAACUGACGGAAAUAUUUCCCAUUACAUUUGUAAACGUAAAAGAAAGUAUGUUGUCAAAUAGAUCAUCCACGACAAAUACCAGAAAAGAUAUGUUCCCUGAUAAGAAAGCGACUUCUAAGCAAAUGAAAACUUCGACGUUAACAAAUGCUGCCGGUCUUAGUUCUCUCAUUACUUUUACUGUUUUGCUACUCGCUUGGAUCUCAGGAUUCGCCUCUCGGCUAUUUGCAGUAAUACGUUUCGAAAGUAUUAUACAUGAAUUUGACCCUUGGUUUAACUAUAGAGCAACGGCAUAUAUGGUACAACAUGGAUUUUAUAAUUUUUUAAAUUGGUUCGAUGAAAGAGCAUGGUAUCCAUUGGGACGUAUCGUAGGUGGAACUGUCUAUCCAGGUCUAAUGAUUACCUCUGGAUCGAUACACUAUAUAUUACAUUCUUUAAAUAUCCCAGUGCAUAUAAGAGACAUUUGUGUAUUCCUAGCUCCAAUUUUUAGUGGCCUUACUGCCAUUUCAACGUACUUAUUAACGAAAGAAAUAUGGAGCGCCGGAGCUGGUUUAUUUGCAGCAUGCUUUAUUGCAAUUGUACCUGGUUACAUUUCAAGAUCCGUAGCAGGAAGUUAUGACAAUGAAGGCAUUGCCAUUUUCGCGCUGCAAAUAACAUAUUAUCUUUGGGUUAAGUCAGUUAAAACUGGCUCGAUUUUUUGGGCUUCGAUGACUGCUUUGUCUUACUUUUAUAUGGUAUCUGCAUGGGGUGGUUACGUUUUUAUCAUUAAUUUGAUUCCAUUCCAUGUUUUUGCAUUGCUGGUCAUGAAUCGAUAUAGCAAUCGUCUUUUCACAAGUUACACCACUUUCUAUAUUUUGGGUCUUUUGUUAAGUAUGCAAAUACCAUUCGUUGGUUUCCAGCCAAUAAGAACGUCUGAACACAUGGCUGCGGGAGGUGUGUUCGGUCUGCUAAUUUUUGUGGCAACUCUCAGGUAUUUAAGAACUGUACUUACUAAAUCCGAAAUGAAAUACUUUGGAGGAGUAGUUGCAGUUACAGCUGGUAUUCUCUUGUUGGUUUUGAUCUGCUUGACAUAUGCUGGUAUUGUUGCCCCUUGGAGCGGAAGAUUUUAUUCACUAUGGGAUACCGGUUAUGCAAAAAUACACAUUCCAAUAAUAGCAUCUGUUUCCGAGCAUCAACCUACAACAUGGUUUAGCUUUUUCUUUGACUUGCACAUUCUUGUUACAACAUUUCCUGUUGGUCUUUGGUAUUGCAUUAAACAUAUAAACGAUGAGCGCGUUUUUGUUAUAUUGUACGCUAUAAGUGCAGUUUAUUUUGCUGGAGUAAUGGUGAGGCUUAUGCUUACACUGACUCCAGUUGUCUGUAUGCUUGCCGGUGUUGCGUUUAGCGAUCUUCUUGAUUUAUUCUUUAAAGAAGAAGAUAGCGAAAGAAACGAUCGGAGUAAUGGAAGCGAAGAAGAAAGCGAGGAAGAAAGAGAAAGGAGUCCGGGCAGAGCACUGUAUGAUAAAGCUGGAAAAAUUCGUAGAAUGAAGCACGAAAGACCUACAGGGAAUGGGGAUGGACUAGGUGUUAAUCUUCGAAAUGGAGUUGUCAUUGGAGCACUUAUGUUGAUGACAAUGUUUACUUUGCAUUGUACUUGGAUCACAAGUAAUGCAUACUCUAGUCCUUCAAUUGUUUUGGCAUCGUAUAGCAACGAUGGUGAUAGAGCCAUACUUGACGAUUUUAGAGAAGCGUAUUAUUGGUUAGCACAAAAUACACCCACUGAUGCCAGAGUUAUGAGUUGGUGGGAUUAUGGUUAUCAAAUUGCUGGAAUGGCUAACAGAACUACACUUGUGGACAAUAAUACUUGGAAUAAUUCUCAUAUAGCUCUGGUUGGAAAAGCAAUGAGCUCAAAUGAAAGUGCUGCUUAUGAAAUAAUGACAUCUUUAGAUGUAGAUUAUGUAUUAGUUAUUUUUGGAGGAAUGAUUGGAUAUUCUGGAGAUGAUGUUAAUAAGUUCCUUUGGAUGGUACGAAUUGCUGAAGGUGAACAUCCGCUGGACAUUCGGGAGAGUGAUUAUUUUUCCGAAAAGGGGGAAUUUCGAGUGGAUUCUGAAGGCUCGCCUACUCUUUUGAACUCGUUAAUGUAUAAAUUAUGUUACUAUCGAUUUGGAGAAGUUAAGAUCGAUUAUCGAUCUCCUUUUGGUUAUGAUCGUACACGCAGCGCAGAAAUAGGGCAUAAAAAUUUCCAAUUAACGUAUUUGGAAGAAGCUUACACAACCGAACAUUGGCUUGUUAGGAUUUACAGGGUGAAAAAACCAAACGAGUUUAAUAGACCUAGUAUUCCAAUAUCUAAGCGAAUUGUUGCACGUAACGACAAUUCAUAUUUCAGUAAAAAGACACCACAUCGCAAGAAAGGUUACAUAAAAGGCCGGCCAACUGUUAUUAAAGGACAGAAACCUCAACGAAGAACUACGUAACAAACAUUUAUUAUCUAAUUCAUAACAGUUUUCAAAUACAACUUUUGUAAUAAAAAAGAAAUUACCGUCCCUUGGGUCUACCACAAACUAUACCUCGAACUAAGAAUUUAAUAUCAUUACAAAUUAAAUCGAUUGAAAUAUAAAAUGAAAAAAUGAAUUUCCAACAUUUCAAACAAUUGAAAACAUUGUUUCGUAAGCAUAAUAUAAAAAAGGAGGGAUUUAUAUUUUUAAUUUUAUUUACUGAAAUAUGUUUGUUUUUCAUUGGAUUUUCUAAGAUUAUUACAGAUUGUCCUACAUAUCGAAAAGGCAAAAUAUAAUUUCUGUGUUAUUACAAUACGCGACGCAUUUAAUCUUAUAAAAUAUCCAUAUAAUGGAUUCGUGUUAUUUAUGAAUUUAGCAAAUUAUAUCUUCAAAUUGUUCUGUACUUAACUAUUCUCUAGAGUUCUUUAUUCACUUCUUUACCAAUUAUUUUAAAUGUUUGUUCACGAAUGCACCAUAAAAACAAGCGAGUAUACUUUGAAUUCUCAAGUAAGAAACAUCAUUAGUAAAGUCAUGAUUAAUAAGUAAACUUUCAUUAUGUCCGUGUAAUGCAUAUUGAACUUUAAUAAGUGACAUUCGCUGAUUAAAGUAAAUAAAAACAUUUAUUAAAUAUCAAGCAGGUGAGAUCAGAGGGAUUGAAUAUGUGUUAUGUGUACACAGUUUAUUGUAUAGUAUCUUGUUGAACAUUUGUAAUAAGAAUCUUGUCAUUUAAAAAUAUUGUAUUACUCAA